AAACCAGCUAUACGAUUCUUAUUCAUACGAUAAAUGCAAAGAUCGAUCCGACUUUCUAAACAUUUUUUUCAGUUAUUGUAUACUUGCAUUGCAAUUUUUAUUUAAUAAAAUAUAAAGAAUACAGUAUAUAAAAAAUAACUUUGCUUUUGCCAAAAUCUGCAUGUACCCUUUUAUAAAAGAGUCAGGAACAGUGUCAUUUCGGAUCGGAAUCGCGCACAUAAAGGAUUUAGUUUUCUCUUUUCGGAUUUUAAUACACGGUCAUAUUACCUUUUCAUCAACAAUUGAUAAAAAACCAGGGAAAAUGAAUACAAUGGAUUCAGUAUUAGAUAAUACACAAUUAAUCAAACUCUCUCUAAAUUUAGAAGAAAACACACAAUAGACAAAAGAUCGGAACAAAGGGGUUACUCAGAGGCCGGGAUAAUUUCUCAUAAGUUUGGAUACAUAACUGAAUGGAAGCAAUGUGAACAUAGAACAAAGUUGCAGUUUGGAUUAACUGAAGAAAAAAUGGUGAAAUUGUGUAUCAGUUUAUUAUUUACAUUUAAAACCAACACUGUGCAAGGAUGGAGUUGGGUGAAUGACAGAAAACUUUGAAACAUUUAAAAGAAAGAAAAAAUAAACAAGACCUUAAGGAUAUAUUUGAUAAUGUGGAUAAUUAUAUUGCUCAUUGGAACAGCUUCUUUUCAAGGAAUAUCAUGCCAGUGCACGUUUCCAACCGAGCUGACAGGCACGUGGGUGUCAAGCAACGACGGCACGUGGGAGAUCAACUCCACACAUCUGCUAAACUUCUAUACACUAUCAAGCACUACCGGAAAUACCAUAUCAACAGGAGUGUCACAGCUGAACUUUGAAUGCUACGAAAAUCAAGGGGACACGAAAUAUGCAAUCAAAUCAGAGCUGUUUCAGCUUCUCGGAGGUCAAAGGUCAGUUUAUACAUGUAUAGACAUCACCGAGAUUUCGGAGAAUAAGCUUUUAUACUACCAUGCAACAGUUGCUGACCCAUCUGGAUUUCAGUUCACGAUACAGUCGGUGUACGAGAAUAUAUGUAACUGGGCAUCCUAUAUACAGCCGUACAACUACCAUAUCGCCCUCAAAUCAGGUACAGAGACAACAGCUCUUCAAAAUUGUCCGUCUUCUUUGUUUGGAUCUUACAAUUACGACACGUGCAUUGAUGUGAAUUCGAAUGACACGAGCUUAGACGUGUGUGAUACGAGGCAGCAAUUUAUUUAUAACUACACAUUAUGUAACACCACACAGAUGUUCUCAUUGGAAGGUGUGUUAGACUGUGUGCAUCAUGAAGAAAGUGGAUCUAUCUCCUAUCUCACACUGUAUAACAGGGACAGCACCGCACCGGACAAUAAUAACUACUUCCAGUUUGUGUGCUUGGCUGUAGAAUUGUCUGAUGGUAUUGUAUACGUGACAGCUAACCCAAACAAAUGUAAUGAUAACCAGAGCACUACGGCAAUAGACAGUCCUGGGGAGACACUCCAGCUCACGUCAUAUUCGUUUACCAGUGAUGAAAGUACAAACAUUCUGCCAAUCAUAAUCGGCGUGAUUGUUGCUCUCGUGCUCCUAGCUCUCAUUGCUCUACUGAUCUACUGCUGUUACAAGCGCAAGUGUCGGAGGAAAAAGACUGACGAAGAAGAAGCACUGUCUGAAUCAGAGAGUGAAGAUGAACAGCAGAAGAAAUCCGAAAGCCGUCGGUCCUCAAAGUCCAGUCUGGAGGAGGAGGAAGAGAAAAAGUCUAUCGACUCGGGUAUCGGUGAACCACCCGUCACAGGGAGAACAGACUCGAAUAAUGAGCUUGACGAUGAUACAAAGGAACAGGAACAUGAACUGGUAAUUACUGCCGAGGGUGAUAAAGAAAUUGAUGAUAAAAAUUCAAGACCAUGUUCAGGACAGCGGUCUAGGAUGUCGGAUUUGCCUCCAAGUACAAUACCCCCUGAUGAAGACCAGCCGCUGUCACAGAGAAGCGAGGAGGACCAUAUAGCUGACGAAAAUAAAGAAGAUGAACCUGACAAAAUAGAGGAACCAGAGGAGCCAGUUGAUGAUCAGGCGAGCGAAAAGGCUGACGAAUCUGAUCAUGAGCCAGAACAAAAGGUAGAUAUUGAUGAAGAUGUUAAAGAUGAAAAUGUUAAAGGCGAAACAGCUGAAAGUGAAAAAGAAACAGCUGAGGAUAUAGAAGAAGAACAACAAGAUUUAGAAAGCGAAAAAGAAGACCAAGAAAGCGAAAAUGAGGAUCAUGAGCAAAUGGUGAAUAAUCAAGAAGAUGAUAUUCAUGAAGAAGGAAACCAAGAGGAUGAUAGGAUUGAUGAGAAUGAAGAAGAAGAAGAAGAAGAUGAGAUACUUUCUCAAAAGGGACCAGACAUACAGGAAGAUAAUGAAGAACCUGAACAAAAGGAGGAAGAAGACGACGACGAAGAAGACGAUGAUGAGGAGGAGGAGGAUGAAGAAGGAGGACAUCAGCAAAGUGACUUGGAAGUCACAGUAGAUAAUAAGGAUGAACCAGCACAGGAAAACCCAGAUGACGAGGACACAAAAUCAGAGGAUCAGGAACAAAAGCAAGAGAAAGAAGACACAGAAAGUCAAAAGGAAUCAGAUGCAGAAACAAAGCAGCAUAAACAUAUUUCGUCAGAUGAAGAUGAUGCCGAAGUUCAACGUCGGCUAAUUGGCUUAAAAAAGGGAAAAGAUAACACGACAAAGGGAGGCCUUACAACGGUUCUGGUAUCUCGGGAGGAGGAAGAACGAAAGAGACAAAAAAUAAACAGUAAAAGCAAGAAGCAGAAAAUGAAGAAACUGGCAAAGAAAAAGACGAAAAGAUUUGGUGGCAAGGGCAUCAAAGGAGACAAGCGUCAGCUCGACUCAGAUGAUGAGAUAGGGUCCUCUGAUGACGAGAUUAGGAGAAGGGGACUCAGGGAGGCUCCAUUCAUGAAACAGUAUGAGAACAAGAAACACAUAGAACAUAUAUUAGAUGAGCAACAUUACUGGAGCGAUCCCGAGGCUGAUAAAGACUCGUUUAGAAUUAAUGACGAAAUGAGCAGUGUAUUCAACAGCGACUUUUCCUCAGAAAGUGAGGAGGAAAUUAUAGGUGCUGACGGAAUACCAGUGCGUGUUAAAAAGACAAAACAUGAUAAAAGAAAGAAAAGAGGUGACGGUGAUGACAUAAGUAACGCUGAUUCUGAAUAUCUUAGGCAGAAAAUGCUUAAACGUGCUGGAUCUGUAGAUAGUAUGGUCUCAGUGGAAGAUCCAGACAAUAUAGAUCAACGAAAAUCAAAACGAAGACUUAACGAGCACAUUAUGAAAAUGGAUAUUGAUGAAGACAUAACUAAAGAGAAAGGCAAAUCAAAGACCGGUGGUGCUAGUGGCAACGAAGAAGAAGCAGAAGAAGACAAGUCUGAUCGCGAACGCACGGGUGAUGAUAAGGGAAAAGCUGACACUGUGGCAAAUUCUAAAUUCCAUUUAAACAAAGCAAAAACCAUUCUUGUUAAAGAACAUUCUGAUAUGACAGAUGACUCGCUGAAUGAGAAAGGUCGAAAAUCGAAGAAAAAGAGUAAAAGAACAUUAUAUGGAAAGGAAAAUGAGGAAGAUCUGAGUGAUUUCUGUGAUACCGAUAUAGACAAGCUUAGUGAUAGAGACAGUGGAAUGGACGAAGAGGAGGGUGAUAUAGAUGUGCUACUUACACAUGAUCAACAACAAAUGAUUGUUAACAUGUUAUUUGAUGAGGAUAUGAAUCUAAGACCACAGUUUAGUAGGGAUGAAAAUGGACGAAUUGUUAGAAGACUAGAUAACACGGUCGUUUAUGAUCCUCAUACAGGCAGGUUUACGUAUAGAAAACGACUUGGACAGAUAUUCAAAGUACCAAGACUUAAACGGAAUGACAAGGGCCGACCGUUAGGGGGAUAUAUUGAAGACGAGUUUGGACCAAAGCCGGAUCAAAAGCCUUUGCGGAGAAAAACGAGUAGCGCUCGUAGAUCACACAGUGGGAAAAGUGGGCGUUUAUCUGUUGGUACAAGGUUGCCGUCGUCUGCCGACUUGAAACGAGUAAGAACAGAUGGAAGGAAUGUUGGGUUCUCUGUACCAGAUGAAGAUAUAGAUACUAUUCCGGACGCUGACCUGGAAUAUAAUAAAAGAGGACGGCGUGAUAUUGGAUCGGCCAUAAGGCGACAAUUAAAUAAGAGACUGUUCAGGAAAAAGAGAAAACUUGGUUCAAGAGGAUCACCGGGAACAUUACCGGAAGUUAAAGUCAGGAAGGCUUGGGGAGAUGACGAUCAUUUGGCGCCGGGCACACUAAGUGCAGGAGGUCCUGGCGGUGUAAGUCCGCUUAAUCCUCGGAGCGGACGUUUCGUACAGGGCAGUCCUUGGGCACAACGUAAAACACCAACCGCAGGAGACGCUGAACAAUGGCAAAUGUACAGAGAUGGUCUGCAAAGUGACCGGAGAAUUUUAGAAAAUCUCCAAGAUAAAUUGAAUGCUGGAGAAAGACCUUUUGCACCAAAAGAGGCUUUUGUGGAAUCAGGUGGGGAAAUAAAUGAAGUGCAUGAAGGUCAUGGAGAUGAACUUCACUCUAGGUAUGACCGAGGACAUUCGUAUUUUACUGACGACGGGAGAAUUUGCAUACGUGAGCGCGGUUGUCCAGAAUUAAAGCAACAGAAAAUACCCUUGUUCACUAUCAUUCGACGACCUGGUGACCUAGAGUCAUUUGAAAACUUGCACGGUGCAUCAACCACCGAGAGAGAUGUUAAGUCGCCGCCAUUGCAAGUACAAGAUUAUAAUGCAGAACAGGCAGACAAUGAGCAACAGGAAGGAAAUAGAUAUCCGUCAGAUAAUAGUUUGGUUGCUAGGAGCAACGAUGGACGAUGCAGUGAGAUGACAAGUAUAGAUGAUAAUAGGUUAAGACGAUUACUGGAAGAAUUGUACAAAGACAAGAAGUAUUUUGACAAUUACGUUGAAUCAAAAGAUCCAAAAUCGCAAGAAUUCUUACAUUCACAAGGUUUGGCCGAGCACGGACGUGGUUAUCUUCUAAAACGUGCUGAUUACUGGGAGAGGCGUGGACCACUCCCUCCUCGCCCUCCAAUGACAGCUGUGGGUUGGAAAAUGCAACGUCAGCAGACGAUUGCUGCUUCAAGACAAGCAUCAGAGCUUGGCUAUUCUACCAUGACAUGCACGCCAGAACUUUCCACAACUAACAUGCCUGGUGUUGUGGAAAGCCCAAGAGGAAAUGAACACAUUUCUGAAAGAAAUGAGUCAAGAAAUUCCAAAAAUGAAUCUUUCGUGUAAUAGCUCUAGUUGGAGCUGUGGUAAAAAGCCGACAAGAGCUAUAAUAAUAUAUCUGUGAUAUUUUAAGAUGAAAUUUAUAUGUGUAUUUAUUCAAAUCUGUUAUUAGAGUUAUUCUUUAUCUACACUUAUUCUGCUUUUAUUUUGAUUCUUGUUUUAAUUUACUUACUAAAUACGUUUUGGAAAAUAAAACUUUUUUCAAUAUUGUUAA